GGCGGGCACUUCAGCCACAGGCGUUCUCUCCUCCUUCUUUCUCUUGCUUUCCUCUCCCAAUCGUUCUCUGCUUGUUCUGUGUUGGAUCUGAAUCUGCUGUAUAUGCCACUAGUCUUCAACCAUGGAUAAUGCGUCGCCCAUCCACUCGGCUGCGGACUUGGAGCUGCGUGCCGCGCGCGUUGCGGACCCUAGUAUAGACCUCAAAACGAAAUACAUGGUUGCAUGCGAGCUUCGUGAGAUGAUCGACACCGUCGGCAGGGACGCUGAAGCUCGCGUCCUCCCCCAUAUGAUCCCCGUUCUCCUUGAAAUCCUCCGUUCUGGUGAGCCGUCCUUCCAGAAGGACAGCCUAGACUUCCAGUUCCGCCGAAGUCUUCUCGAAAUCUUGCAUCGCAUACCUUUUCUCGACGUCGUCCGACCACAAGUCGUCCCACUCUUCCACGGAUUGCUCCAUCUACUUCGCCAUGACAAUGAGGAAAUGGGUGUCACUUGCUGCAAGAUGCUUAACGACAUCAUGCGCGGACUGAGGUCUUUCAAUGAAGAGGUCUUCGCCGAGUACAUGGCCAUCUUCCAGCAGCUCUUGGAGAACCUCAAAGCUCUCCUCAUAGAGGCUUUCUCCGAGGACUCGCGCGAGUUGGAUGUGUCCGCUUCCCUUCCUGCUAUCCGCAGCUUCAAAGUGCUGUCCGAGGUCAACUUACUGCUAGCCACUUUCUUGCAAAUCAACCGCACCGCCGUCGUCCCCCAUAUAUCUGCUUUGAUUCCCCGUCUGCUCGAAUAUAGCGAGCUCCAGCCACCCGCGCAACAGAAAGCACGCGAAGAUUUUGAGGCAAUGGGUGGCAUCUGGGCCGGCUUGGCACCGACCGUCAAGAACGUAACCAUAUACUCGGACUACAUCAUCUCGCAAAUCCGGGUCAUCUCGUCUUCCCUCUACCUACUUCGAGCACUUCCCGAGCAAUACGAAGCCGAAGGGGAGAAGCUUACGCUUGCGCUACUACGGCUCUUCCAAGACUGUCCGGCAAUGGCUAUCAGCGCGCGGAAGGAACUCAUCCCUCUCCUACGACAUCUCACCAACACAGUACACAAGCGUGCGCUCAUCCCACAUGUUGGCAAGCUACUGGACGAACAGGUCCUUCUCGGCACAUCCGUCGGCGGUCGGGAAAUAUUCCGAGCGAGUUUGUUCAGCGCAGUGGCCGACCUGCUCCAUCAUCUCCGGGCGGACCUCACGCCCGCUCAGAUACAUCAGAUCUUCUCCGUUUACAUGCAGCAUCUUCAUAAUCCAUUCUUGUCCAGCCACGCGCAUCUUCUGUCUGCAAAGAUGAUCUUCAACCUGAUUGACGGAGAAAUCACAAAAGACAGUCAUCAAAGUGCUGCUCGCGUGCUCACAACAUUGUUGGAGGCUAGCGUCGACAAGGUCGACUCCUUGGUAUCAGUGCAGGUAGAGAAGUUGAGCAGGGUCGCAAAGGAUAAGGAAGGCAUCGAGAACGACUUCCAGGACUUUGCUCUCAUCGAGAAGUCGAGGCCUCUCCUUGGACCGUGUUAUGCGACAGAAAAGCCCGAGGAGAACUUGGGAGAGUACCGUAAUCUGCUACGCACGCUCUUCCACGGCUUCAAUGCUCUCAUCGUGGGGCUGAAGAAGGUGGAUGCGCCCGUCCCCGACGGUGCUCUGAUCGCUCGCAUGUUCGACGGCUGUAUUCGGGCCAUCGUUUUCUUCGACGGUGAACCGAGGGAGGCGCAUGACGCCCUGGAACGUUUGGGCUUGGCCAUGGUUGAGAUCAAUCUUCACGUUUUCCAAGAGGUCUGGACGCAGAAAAUAGCCUUCUACUUCUCGUCCGCCGAGAAGCGGCCCGUGCUUAUGCAUCUCGCGACUCUGCUGUUCGCGAGAGAGGCAACGUCCCCGACACUCGUCGCCAUCGUUUUGCGAUAUCUCAUUGACCGUCUCCCAGAGCUCGGCGAGUACGAUGACCAAGCCGCCGCUGUCGCAAUCCGCAUGUUCAAGAUGACCUUCCAGGCGGUCACCACCUAUCCGCAGUUGAACGAGUCCAUCCUCGCCUCGCACCUUGGCAAGCUGAUAAUGGAUUGCUUCCCUCUUGCCGCCAAGGCAGCAAAACCUACCAACUACUUCCACCUUCUGCGAGGGCUGUUUCGCGCCAUUGGCGGCGGCGGAGGUCGUUUCGAAUUGCUCUACAAGGAAGUCCUCCCGCUACUGCCUGAGAUGCUCGAGUGCCUUAACCGGCAGCUCCAAUCCUCAGACGGACCAAGCCGCGACAUGAUCGUCGAGCUCUGUCUAACUGUUCCCCUGCGGUUGACCCACCUCCUCCCCUACCUCUCCUACCUCAUGCAGCCUCUCGUUCUUGCCUUGCGGGGCACGACCGAGCUCAUUUCCCAAGGCCUCCGUACGCUGGAACUGUGCAUCGACAACCUUACUCCUGACUUCCUCGACCCGACGCUCAACACAGUCCUCAGGGAGCUGAUGGAGGCCUUGCACGACCUACUGAAGCCCUUGCCAGGGAACCAUCACCACUCGCACACGACCAUUCGCAUCCUGGGCAAGCUCGGUGGACGCAACAGGAAGCUAUUGGAAAAGGAGCCAAGCUUCAAGUACAGCCAACAGACGGAGUCCGUCAAGGCGCGCUUUUCAUUCGGUGCCCAGAUGGGCAAUAUCGAAUUGGAGCCCGUCGCGAGGGUGUCGUGCGAAACACUCCGCAAUCCCAAGUCUGCCGCCCAGCAGCGCGUGCACGCAUACAACUACUUGGAACAGUGCCUCACGCUCGUCCUCCACGAGGGUGUCAAAGGUCGGGAACGCGAGGAGCUCUUUGUCAGGUGUCUCGAAAGCAUGUACGACGCCUUGCAUCUGUCGGACGUACAAGAGAAGGCGGAGAAGACUUUGAAGGAGGUCUCUCGCUUCUUGUUCACUGUCGAGGUUCGACGCUACGCCGUCAAGGACGAUUUCACUCGCCGUUACCCCAGUCCCAUCUUCUCAUGCUACCUAGAUGCGGUGCAAUACGGGCUGGCCCGCGACAAGCCUGAAGAAGCGAAGCGUGCGCUCGAGCUCAUCAGUACGUCCAUCCGUGAACUGGUUGGAAUGGCAACGGCCUCCGAGGUCGCUGUCAACGAUGUCGUAGCGACCUUGCACCAGGUCGCCAGUCGUUUCCUUUCGCUGUGCCUGGAAGAGGCUUGGGUGAAGAGGAGCGCCGGUUGCGGGGGUAUCCAGGUCAUGACUGACAUACCCGAUCUGGGUGUCCGAUGGGUUAACCAGCGCGAAGUGGACCUCGUCCGGAUGCUCCUUCAUGUUCUCAAGGACAUGCCGCACGACAUGCCUCACGAUGCCGACAAGGUCAUCGACGUACUGAACCGUGUCCUGCGCGUCAGCACUGAGGACUCGAAGGCGAACGAUAGCGAGCAGGACCAUGACAACAAGAUCACGCAAGUCGUCGGGCUGUUCUUUGCGGAGCUCUCUAGCCCCAACCCAAUCGUGCGCAAGGCCGCGCAAGGUUGCAUCUCGUUACUCGCCGAGCUAAGCGGGAAGACCAUAGUCGACCUGCUCAUGCCCCACCGCGAUCGGAUGCUCGCGUCCAUCUACACGAAGCCGCUCCGUGCACUUCCAUUCCCCCUUCAGAUAGGGAUGAUCGAAGGCAUCCGUUACUGCAUCAGCUUGCAACCUCCGCUUCCGGAGCUGAAUGAUGAGCUUCUCCGCCUGCUUCAUGAAACCCUCGCCCUUGCCGAUGCGGAUGACAUGGCGCUGGUGGGUCGCAACAACCCUCGCCAGAGUGCGAUGGAUAUCAUCAAAUUGAGGGUCGCUUGUAUCAAGCUGCUGACUGCGUCCAUGCCCAUGACGGACUUCUUCUCGAAGCAGCACCAGACGCGCCAGAGGGUGACGGCCGUUUACUUCAAAUCGCUGUACUCUCCUACCCCGAUGGUCAAAGACGUAGCGCACGAGGGUCUUCGUAUGGUCUUGACGCACCAAGCCAGGCUUCCAAAGGAGUUACUUCAGACUGGUCUUCGCCCUAUCCUUAUGAACCUUGCAGACCCGAAGAAGCUUUCUAUCCCUGGCCUUGAGGGACUGGCGCGGUUACUCGAGUUGCUGACGAAUUACUUCAAGGUUGAGAUCGGUCACAAGCUGCUGGAUCACUUCCGCAUCGUCGCCGACCCACAGAUGCUUCAGGCUUCGUCGAGGCUUCCGCUCAUGGAAAACGACGGAAUCAAGAAGCUUGUAUGCCUAGCAAACAUCUUCCACCUCCUCCCAUCUGCCGCUAACAUCUUCCUCGAGAACCUCGUCAACGCGAUCGUUCAAACAGAGUCUGCGCUACACUUCUCUGGAGAAAGCCCCUUCUCUGCGCCACUCGCGAAGUACCUAGAUCGUUACCCAUCGGACGCCAUGGACUACUUCAUGCGCCACCUCGCAUUCCCCAUGCAAAUCCGCACCCUGCGGAGCAUCCUGCGCGCGAACCUCGCGCCGAACCUGCUGCGAGAAUUGAACGCGAGAACCGGCCCCCUUGUGACAGCUUGUCUGGAGGGGCGAGACCCUAACAUAAUGAUGCCCGGCCUGCUGCUUUGCUCGGAUCUCGCGGAGCUUGUGCCUGGUUGGGUCCUAAACAAUCACCAUGCGGUCGACGCUGUGAUUGCCUUGUGGAAGUCUGACGUCCCUCUUGAAUCCUCACAGCUCCCGUCAGCCGAAGCUCUGCAGAAAUACACUCUCAUGCUUUCCAUCUUCAAGCAGGCUUUAGAACAGUCGCCGCGCAUCGACAUCCUCUUUGAUCUUGUCCUCGUCUUUGCACGGAGGCAACCGCUCGACGUCGUCAGCGUCAUUCAAUUUAUGUACCGCCAUGUCGCGUUGAGCAAAAACCUCGCCUUCCGCAGGAAUAUCUUGCUCCGCUUCUUGAUCUGGUUCGACGACCCAGCACCUUCUUGGACCCAGAAGGCCCUCUUCCUACAGUAUGUCGUCACACCCAUGCUGCUCAUGCAUGCCACACACUCGCCCUCCAAGGCCGGUCUUGUCGACGCGGACAUCGUCCAGCGCCUACACACCAAGAUCUGGCAGCCAAUGGCCGCCCUCGAGAAAGACGCAUUCUCUGGAUCUGACGACACUUUCAAGAUCGAAUUGCUCCGCCUCACUACGGUGAUGAUCCAGCACUACUCUGAUUUCCUGCAAGAGGCGAAGAAGGACAUCAUCAAGUGUGCAUGGGCGUUCAUUGGUGCUGAGGACCCACUAGUCAAGUGCACUGCCUACGUGCUCGCGGCUCGGUUCUUCAACGUGUUGGAUGGCCCUCCGAAGUUCAUUCUCAGGCUCUGGACCGGCUUGUUGAAGGGACCGAAUACGGAAGGCAAGCUCUUAGUCCGGCAAGCGCUUGACAUCCUCGCUCCCGUCCUCUCCCGUCCUCAGAUGGCGGAAGCUGGCUAUCCUCAGUGGGCGAAGACGACCCGACGGCUGCUUGCGGAAGAUGGUGUCAACUCCAACCAGACCAAUCUCGUUUAUCAUCUCAUCGUUGCCCAAUCCUCGUUGUUUUUCCCCGUUCGUGCGCUCUUCGUUCCUCACAUCGUCAAUCAUCUCUCCAAGCUCGGCUUACUGCCAACAUCCAAUCUUGAGACACGCAUACUGUCCAUCGACAUCAUCCAGGUCAUCUUCGACUGGGAGCAAAGGGCAGCAGCGUCAGCAGUACCGACUGACGAAUCAGAGAUGGCCGUAGACCCCUGGACAACUCCACUGAGCUUGAGGGAGAAUAUGGUCAGCUAUCUCAUCCGGCUCGCAACUCUCCCCCAAGAUCUCCAGUCGAGGUCAAUUGUGAUUCCUCGAGCCCUCUCCCUCCUCCGCACUCUUAUUGCACCUGGCGGAUGGAAUGACGUCAACGUGAAGCUGAACUACUUCUCUCGCACCCUAGAGCAGAGCGAUCUAAGUGACGACGCCCAGAGAGCCCAGGCUCUCGCCAAUGCAAAGGUUCUCCAGGUGAUCUCCGCGGAAAGGGAUGACGCGUGGUUCCAGGCGAACGCUCCGAUCCUGACAAAGCUAGUGCGCAAGGGGAUGUUCUCGGAGGACCAGACACUGCAGGAUUGUCUCUAUCCUGUUACCGACCGCUUGCUCCGACUGUUCCCUCUUCCGAAGGAGGACGACCAACAGGCUCAAGGCGAGAUUUCCGAGUUCCAUGCAGCGAUUUACAGCUCGAUCGGUGACAACCUCAGGAGCUCAGAGUCACUGCGGCCGGGCUCCAUGCGAGGUUCUCUUCUGGUACUAAAGACAGUCGUGCAGGUCGCUCCUGAGCGUAUCGACCCGUUUUGCUCUAAUCUUAUGAAGCUGCUUAGCAAGCUCGCCAAGGACCAUAUCCAGUCCUCCGCAUCUAAUGGCGCUGCAUUCGAGACGCUCGUUCGUCUACUGAUAGCUAUCCUCGAGGUGUGCCACAUUGCGGUUGCUCACCUCAGCGACCAGCGCAAGUGGUUGCUAAGCACGCUUGUCGUCCUCGUCGACAAGUCCAAGAGCAUCCCCCUUUGUCGUUACCUACUCGAUAUCGCAAAGGACUGGGCCGUGAACAAGCGCGAUGCGUACCCGAGCAUGAAGGAGAAGGCGAGCCUGUUGCAGAAGAUGGUGGCGUUUGAAUCCCGCGGAGGCGACAGGGGCGAGGUACUCUUCAACAACUACCUGGAGCUCAUCUACGACAUCUAUACCGAUCCCUCCCUUCGUCGCAGUGACCUCACCGCUCGUCUUGAGCAAUCCUUCCUUCUCGGUUGCCGUGCUGCCGAUCCGACCAUCAGGGAACGGUUCAUAGAUCUCCUUGAUAACAACAUUCCUCGCUCCCUCCACAGUCGGCUCACCUUCGUUUGUGGCAGUCAGAACUGGGAGUCCCUCGCCGACCACAACUGGAUAUUUCUGGCGCUGCAUUUGCUUCUUGGGUCCAUCGAUGGCGAUCACGUCGUCUCUCCGGAGCGCAGAAGUACGUUCGAUUCCACCUGGUCGCAACCACCCUUCCUCCUCGCACGAGCUUCCGCUUUCAUCAAGCCAAUGCAGCGUCUGCUGUUUAUGGACCGUCAGGCCGCUCACGACGUCUGGAUCUCCUUCUUCUCUUCGGCAUGGGCCUGUCUAGGGAGGCCAGAUCAGCGUGAGCUUGCCAACCACAUGAUCGCCUUGCUCGCCAAAGAGUACCAUGUCAGGCAGGCGGAGAUGCGGCCCAACGUCAUCAUCACUCUGCUGGCUGGGAUCCAUGCUUGCUCCUCGCCUAUGGUACUGCCCCCUCACCUCGUGAAGUAUCUCGCCAAGACUUUCGGCGCCUGGCACAUCGCUGCGGAGAUGCUGGAAGCUUCUCUCAACCACAUCAGAGAAGACGAGGUGGUUGUGCGGGACACCAUCUACGAUUCUCUCGCGGAGAUCUAUGCAGAGCUUUCCGAGGAAGAUGUCUUUUAUGGGCUUUGGCGUCGCCGUUCUCUCUACCCUGACACGAACGCGGGUAUCUCUUUCGAGCAAGCAGGCAUGUGGGAGCAAGCGUCGAUCAUGUACGAAGCCGCGCAGACCAAGGCGCGCGCUGGCAUCCUACCUUUCUCGGAGUCCGAGUUUUGCUUGUGGGAGGAUCACUGGAUACUUGCCUCCGAGAAGCUCCAGCACUGGGAGAUCUUGUACGAACUUGGCAAAUCGGAAGGCAACCCGGACCUGCAGUUGGAGGCUGCGUGGCGCACCAAGGACUGGGUCGAGCAGAAGGCGGAGAUGGAAGCUACUGUUAGUCAACUACGUGAGGUGGCUACCCCAAGGCGUCGCGUCUACGAGGCCUUUCUUGCACUCCUUAAACUCCCUGCUGCUAUCGAUAAGAAUACGGAGUUCACAAAGAUCCUCGAGGAAGCGAUGCAGCUAACUCUCCGGAAGUGGGUCACCUUACCUCAUCAAUUCUCGUCGGCCCACGUUCCCCUACUACAGCAUUUCCAGCAGUUCGUCGAGUUGCAAGAGGCUGUGCAGAUCUUCGGUUCGCUCGCUACCACCAAUGCGCAGAACUUGGAGAAGAAAUCUUCCGACCUCAAGAUGGUUCUCCAGGCUUGGCGUGAACGUUUGCCCAAUGUUUGCGACGACAUCACGACAUGGAGCGAUCUGGUAGCGUGGAGACAGAACGUCUUCAACUCCAUCAACAAGACGUACCUACCGCUCAUCCAGCCCAGUAAUCAAGGCAGUGCAGCCACAGGAAGCACGAACACUUUCGGCUAUCGCGGAUUCCACGAGACAGCCUGGAUAAUCAACCGCUUUGCUCACGUUGCACGGAAGCACGAGCUCCUAGAUGUCUGCUUCACAUUCCUGAACCGGAUCUACACCCUGCCCAAUAUUGAGAUCUCCGAGGCGUUCCUGAAGCUCAGGGAGCAAGCUCGCUGUCAUUACCAGAAGCCUGGAGAUCUGCAGGCCGGCCUCGAGGUCAUCAACAACACGAACCUCAUGUACUUUUCCAACCCACAGAAGGCCGAAUUCUUCACGCUGAAAGGAAUGUUCUACGCGAGGCUCGGUCGCAGCGAGGACGCAAACAGUGCUUUCGGUCACGCUGUUCAAAUGGACAUGUUCCAAGCAAAGGCUUGGGCGGCCUGGGGCAAAUUCAACGACAAGAUGUUCAAAGAGGCCCCGAACGAAAUGUCACACGCGUCGAACGCCGUCAGCUGCUACCUUCAAGCCGCCGGACUUUACAAGAAUAGGAAGAGCCGUCCUCUGCUCACCCGCGUGCUCUGGUUGCUCAGCGUUGACGACGGAACACUUGCGAUCUCUCAAGCUUUCGACAAAUACAAGGGCGAUGCGGCCUUCUGGUAUUGGAUCACCCUCAUACCCCAGCUUUGCUUGUCCGUGUCGCAACGGGAGGCAAAGCAAGCUCGAUAUAUCCUGCUCAAUCUCGCGAAGCUGUAUCCACAGGCCCUGUUUUUCCCGCUGCGUACAACAAAAGAAGACAUGAACCUUCUGAAGCGACAGCAGGCGGCUGCACAAGCACAGGCACAAGCACAAGCGGCUGCUAGAGCCAGUUCUAACGAUGGCAAGAAUGAGGAUGGCACCCCGUCGCCGAGCAAGGAUAGUUCUCAACCGAAGGUUCCGCUAGAGUUGUCGAUUCCCCUUGCUACACGUCAAUCUUGGGAUCUCAUCGAUGAGAUUGUGCAAAUCCUCAAGACGGCCUUCCCUCUUCUCAUCUUGACCCUAGAGACGGUGGUCGAGCAGAUUGCACAGCGUUUCAAGGCUUCCCCAGAGGAAGAGAUCUAUCGCCUCACGUGCAUGCUACUGCAGGAUGCUAUGCAGCAAUAUAUCGCUCGCAUGGCGAAUGAUGACGAUGGACAGCUCAGUCCUGGGACAGUUGCCACCCUCAUUCGCCUGGCAGUCAAUCUAUCGGGUUCUGCUCGAAAAGACUAUGAGGAAGACUUCAUCAAGAGCAAACCCACGUUGAACGAGUAUAUCCGCAAACUUCAGCAAUGGCGAGACAAGUACGAGCGCUUGCUCGAUGCCCGGCCGCGUGUGCAGUCGUUGGAGAACCUUGGCCCUUAUCUCAUCGAGUUCCAAUACACCAAGUUUGAUGAGGUGGAGGUGCCAGGGCAAUAUACGGAGGAGAAGGACAGUAACAACAACUUCGUUCGCAUACGUCGAUUUGGGCCCAAGUACGAGAACUGCCGGUCGCAUGGCUACUGCUGGCGGCGUUUGUCGAUCAAGGGACACGAUGGGUCGUCCACAUCGUUUGCGGUGCAAUUGCCCUCGGGACGUCAUUGCCGCCGGGAAGACAGGACGGCGCAGAUCUUCCGCACUUUGAAUGGUACUCUGAUGCGCAAGAAGGAGAGCCGUAAACGCAACCUACACUUCCAUCUGCCCGCAGCUGUCUCGUGUGCGCCGAAUCUCCGACUUUUGCAGAACGACGCUUCCUACAUCAGUCUCGGCGACAUAUAUGACCAGCACUGCGAAGACUCUGGAAUGGCUCGUGAAGAACCUGUCUUGAUUGUUGGGGAGAAGGUGAAGACCACUGUGCGGGAGUUCAAGCAGAGGAACGGCCGUCCACCAUCGAGGGCGGAGGUCCUGUUGCUCAAGAACGAGCUUCUCAACGAUGUCAUGGCAAAAGCUGUCCCUGCAGAUGUCCUUACCCGCUACGUCAUUCGGACUAUGCGUACCCCCGACGAGCUCUGGCGCAUGCGGAAGGAGUUUGCCUUACAGCUCGCUGCCACGAGCUUCAUGACAUAUUUCAUCUGCCUGGGUAGUCGUCUGCCAUCCCGCUUCCAUUGGUCACGAGCCACGGGCCAGAUUGCCAUGAGCGAGAGUUUGCCAGGCCACCAGUCCAACAACCCGAACGCGCUAUUCACUUCGCAGGACGCGGUGCCCUUCCGCUUCACUCCGAAUAUGCAGCAUCUGCUCGGGCCCAUCUUCACCGAGGGUAUCUUGGCUGCUAGUAUCAUGUCGAUUGGUCGAUGCUUGACUGAACCGGAGUGCGAGCUCGAGCAUCAGCUCUGCCUGUUCGUGCGAGACGAGGUGAUGACCUGGAUGCAUCAACACUACCGCAGGCAACAGCCACAAAUCGACGUCAGCUUCCGGAUGAGCGUCUCUGCCAACAUAGAAUCCGUGAUCAAGCGGGCUGAGACCAUGGCCUGCAAAAUCGAACGAGAGCAGCAACAAACCGUGCAGACCGCUAAUACGACACCGGUCGUUCAGACUGUGGCAAACCUGAUCAGCACCGCUACCAACCCGCUGAACCUGGUGAAGAUGGGAGAGGCUUACGUUCCUUGGUUCUGAGUCAUGAAUCACAGGCGCAUUUUUUUUUCGUCACGGAUAUCUAUUGCAUGUUGUACUUGUAUCAAUCUCUUUCGUAGACUUCACAGCAAGACCCUAAUACAAUUUCCCCCCAACACAGUGACACUACAUGCGAUGAAAACCCUCUGUCUGCCUGAACGCGUUGAUCUCGCGCUCGCUCGAUACCAUCAUCUCUUCCGCCAUGUUGUAUAUCUCCGACCCUGGUCGAUUGUACAUCAUCGCGUUGGCGAACAUCAAAAAGAUAUCACGCUGGAACUCGAGCGAAUUAGAGAUGAGCCCAUCCUUCACGCGCGACUUGAUCGUCUUGAGGUCCAUGGGCCGCUUGACGAUGUCGUGAUAGUCGGGAGCCUCGGACUUCUUGAUCGGGUUGUGGAAGAUGUUGCCGUAGCGGUGUUGCGAGAUUUGCGAGUGCAACAUGCCGAUCAUGUUUUGGAAGCGUUUGUCGCUCCCGCCGGUGCGCUCCCUUCGCCGGGUCUUGGGAGCACCGUCUUCUUCGUCGGCUGGUUCUGAAUCCUCCCUCGGCCUCUUCUUCUCGCGCUGCGCAUCGAGCAUAACGGUGUCUGCGUCAGACGCUUUCCGCUUGGCUUCUGCUCGAGUUGUGGGCGCGGGCUCUGGGUCCGCCUCAGGCUGCUCCUCUUCCGCCUCCGCUCCGGCUUCGACUUCCAUUUCUGGUUGGGCGAUUUCCCUCGCGGGUUCUACGACUGACUGCUCGUCGGAGGGCUCGUCCUCUUCCUGCUCUUGCUUCACUGGCGCUUCAUCGACCUGCAUCUCGUCCUCCUGGGGUUCUGCUGCGGGCCGAUGUUCGGGCGCAUCUGCGACUACAGGCUCUAUGUCGUCUUGAGCCUCUACCGCCGGCCUGUCUGAGCUGAAAUUGCCAAUGAGUUCGUUGACAGCCUCGUUGUCAGAACCUUCCUCCUUCUCUUCAGCUUCCGGGGCGGGAGAUGACUCAACCACAGUAACUGUGGAUUGUUCGGCCGGUAGCUGCUGCUGCUGCUCUUCUUCCAUCGCGGCCUCCUUGGCAGAUUCUUCCUCUUCUGCGGGCUUUGUCUCGUCUUCUGAGGUACUGGGCUGGGCAGGCUCUGACACCUGGGGUUCCGGCGUGGGCUCUUCCUGGGCUCCGGGCUUUUCGAGCUGGGCGCCCAUGGAAGCGAGUAUCUUGUCGUCCCACGCGCCACUGCGGAUUUCGUCGAUUUCCGUCACCAGCUUUUUAAACUUGGCCUCCUCAGACGCGAUAAGCCCCCUAAGCUCCGUGACACGCGCCACGUAGUACCGUUGCGCAAGCCUCAGGUGCUUCUCUGACCGAGGGCCGGUAUCAGCCUCUCACCGUUCCAGACCGGCGUCUUCCAUCAAGCGUUGGUAAAGGGUAGAACAUGAUUGGGGGGUAAUGGCACCUUUUGGCUGCGAGAUCAAAGGGUGGUUGGAGAGCAGUUUCGCGACUUCAGGCCAGGCAUCUGAACCGAACUCAUGGACGGCCUGGGCGAAUAUGAGACGUUCGACGUUAUUCAGGUUGGACGCGUCGAGUUCUGGGGUCGACGUGGCUCGUCGUGUGUGGACUCCUGAGGCCAUCGAUGGUCUUCGGUGGGUCAGUUCACAGCACUCAAGCCUAGAAAGAC